AUGGAUGCCGAAGCUUUCGAGGAUGCCUUGGACUUGUCAAGGGACAAGUCCCAGAACCAGGGCGUGUAUAUCUACCAACCUCCGAAGCCAGGGAAAGCCUCUGGUGAACGACCCUCUAAGCGUCGCAAGGUCUCAUCGACAGCCAAUCCUGAGCACGAUACCAAGGUUCCGUCGUUCAUGCCCUUGUUAAACGGAGCCGAAAGCGCGGAUUGUGUACAGCAGCGAUACGACACCUACAAGCAACUAUGGGCAGAGCAAGAACACAAGAUUCAGGAGAUCUUAGAGGACGUCGAUUCCGGUGUUCUCUCAGACGUGUUAUCUUUUGUACGGGAAACAUCACCACAAACGUGUAACGGCUGUAUUCCAACAGCACUCAUUACUGUGGGAUCCAACGUCUCGUCGCUCAGCAGACUGCUCUCUCGUCUCAAUGAUCAACUGAUGUCCACUAAUGAAGGAGGUGUUAUUGUUUUGGAAUCAGGUGACGCACCCAACCUGAAGACCUCGUUGAAAAACAUCAUCCGGGCAGCUGUUACCAACACUGAAGGUAAUGAUGGGUUCCAAAGAUUCCUCACAGAUCGAUCGGGUCCGCGGAUGCUUGGGUAUGAUUUGGAUCUCCUGUAUGACUAUGUGCAGAGAAGAGGCACCAAGAAGCUUGUUCUUGCCUUGCGAGAUAGUGAGGCUUUUGACCCCGCUCUUCUGACAGACCUCCUAUCACUCUUCAAAUCCUGGCUUGAUAGAAUCCCGUUCACAGUAAUGCUGGGAAUUUCGACCUCUGUUGAGCUAUUCGAGGGUCGUCUUCCACGCUCGUGUGUUUCUCUUCUCCAGGGAAAGCAUUUCGAAGUACAAGAAGCAGGAAACAGUGUGGAUCGAAUCUUUGAGGCGCUUCAAACCGACCCAGCUGGUAAGCUGUGGGUUGGACGCAAUGUUACAAGCACGUUAUUCGAAAAGGCCAGGGACAGCUUUCAAACACCCGAGGCAUUCAGCCGCAUGGUCAAGUAUUCUUACAUGUCACAUUUCUUCGCCAAUCCUUUGUCUACGCUUCUUGGAUCUGCGCACUCGUCCAUAUUAUCUCAAAAUCCAUUCAGUGAGGUCAUCAGGAAUCUGCCCUCUUUUCGAAUGCUCUGCGAAGAUCUGGUAGAAAGUGGGUCUACUGAGGAAGUUCGGAAGAUGCUUGAUGAGGAUGAAUACUUACUGCAGACCGCCAUCGCGAACUUGGAGGCUGGGCAAGAUGCUAUGCGCCAUUUGUUCCGGGCUGUUCUCUUAAUUCAUAAGUGUCUUCGGCAUACUCAAACCUCGAAGAAGAUGAGCGUGUCGGAUCUUUCUGUGCGCGCGCUUUCUGGGGACCUCGGCGAGUCGCCAAUUGUUGAAGACAUGCUGGCUUCUGUGAAGGCCAUGGACUCAGAGCAACUAUUGGAAGUCCUUGAAGUCCUUCAAAAUACACUUUCGGAUGAUUCUCCGCUGGCCGAAAUACAGAAUGAUCUCAAGAGCUUGAUGGAGGAGCAUCCAGACUCGCGGCCUUUCCACAGCGAAUAUAACAUCAACAACUCUGUCGUGACGACGACUGUUGUCCACCAGCGUGUCAAACUGACUAAAGGGAAAGCCAACCUGCGGGCGCAAGACGUCGAAUACAAUAAAAUUAUCGAUCGACUAGCGGGCGCCUUCAUCGAAUACUUCAGCGAAACCUUGAUCCGACCUACAGAUCUCUUCAUGAACGAAGCGUUCCUUUUCGAUCUACGCAACCCAUUGAAAGAGGUUUUCACCCCUCGUCCGCGGUUUGCGAUUGAACGCGCCCUGGCUACUCCUUUUGACUACCUGAUCUCAUCUUCCCCGGAUGCCGAGACUAGAAUCUCCUCCAGACAGCCACCCGCCUCCAUCCUGUACCAGCUUUAUCUCGAGUCUGGUGCUUUGGUGAAUGUGCAUGAUCUGUGGCAGGCAUUUUACGCGGUAUUCGAGAGUGACCAGAGUGACAAGUGCGACGACCGCGAGAUCAUGGCCUUAUUUUACGGUGCUUUAUCCGAUAUGAAGACAUUUGGAAUGAUCAAGAAUAGUCGAAAGAAGACAGAUCAUCUGGCGAAGUCGACCUGGAUUGGCCUGUAA